AUGGCCAACAACGUCUACACGGACGAUACAAACAUAAUGGAGCCUCCUACUAAGAGGCCUCGCCUCUCGACCCCCCCGGAGGAAGAAGUCUCUGACGACUGGGAUCUACAAACAGCACGCGCCCAAAAUGAUAUGAAGUUGAAAUCCAUCUUCGAAGACAUCUUUGCGAAAUACGGUCAGGACUUUACGGAAGUUGGCGAUGAGAUCGACCUGGAAACGGGAGAUAUUGUCGUUGACAAUGGACAUUUAUUGGGCCUGCAUGAAGAGGGUCGCAACGAUCAGAGCGAGGCAUGGCAUGCCGAGGAGGGCGCGGAGGGCGAGGAUGACGCGGAAAACGAGGGUCUUGAAUCUGAGAAUGAAAAGGAGCCUGUCGGAUCACCGCAUCACCCUGAUAAUCUUUUGUUUGAAGAUCCAGGCGCGCACUCGGAUGAUUUGUUCAAGUUCACGCGAUCGGAAUGGAAAGGUCCCAUCCCCGACGAGGACCCUUCCCAUUCAAGAGAGUCUGCAUUGAUCUCGACCUCCGACAACGCACAAGCCAGGCCGGCCCCAAAAGAGCUGGACGUGAAACCUCAUCCAGAAGAACUGGGCCCAAUAGACCCUGUAUGGAAAGUCCCUGAGCUUCCCCGCCCCUUUUCGACGCCUAGAACCGAGACUAGGUUCGCAAAAGUGCCAUUUACUCCACGGCUGCCGACGGUGGACAGAAAAUCAUCGCCACCAGGCUCCAGAUCCCUUUGGAGUGUUCCAAGACAACGUCGCCCGCGCACAGAGGGGAAGCCCAGAGCGACGCCGAGCAAAACCCGACCCCGGGCGAAACGCAAGUAUCAUUCCAGCCCCGUGGCGCUGGAGGCGCUCGACUGGUCUUUCGCGGAUAUCGCUGAAGAAGGCGACGAAUCGGACGACCCGCUUCAGGAGUAUCAGCCAUCGCCCACCCCAUCCAACGCAGCGAACAUUCGUCGGAAGCGAAUGCGCAUAACGGCCCAUGACGACUCUAAUCAAGAAAUUCGAUUUGAAUUAAAUCCUGAAUUGUUGACACCUGCUGAACCCACCCCUCAUGACCAAUCGGCUACAGAUACACAUUUUGACGCGAAUCAUAGCCACGUGGAACAAGGCGACGCACGGGCAACGGUGACAAAUUCUAUCGAUGUACAAUGCGAUUCACCUGCGCUUACCACCACAAGGCAUGGCGCCGCGCCUGCGUCGAGCCCUGUCCCUGUGUCCAUCCCUGUAUCUACACCAGUACCUGCUGCACUGUCGUCGGAUCCCUUAUCACCGAGGACCCGCACUAGAAUGACUCCCGACGAGAUGAAACUGGUGCUCCGCAAGCGCCACGUUGAAGGUAAAAGAUGGAAGGAGAUACUUCCGUUUCUGCCUAACAGCAGCUUGGACAAUCUUAAGAUGUGGAACUCAAAUCAUUGGUUUGCUGUUCGUGCGAAACCAUCUCCACUCCAAGCUCCCUGGUCACAAAGCGAACUUGAAACCUUCGAUCGCUUGCAGGAUCAACCAUUCCUUGCCUGGAAGGACUUUCAAGUCCAGCUGCCCGACCGAUCCAAGGCUGAAAUUGAGUUUGAGCUAAUGCGCCGUUGGGUUGGAGAUGAGGUCUGGAAUCGCGAUGGAAGUUCCCUACCUCAGUUGAAUAAUGACGGCGGUGGCUUAGAGAGGCAUUCUGUUAACCCACAAUGCCGACCUUUGAAAAAUGAUGGUUUAGAAAUAGACGUCCGUGAUCGAGAGCCCUCUGUCACUCACUUCGACACUCCCUCGACUCGUCAGACACCACCAGUUACUCGAAUUGACACGCCCUCGGCUAGUCAGACACCAACUGUGUAUUUGAUUAGCGACGGAGAGGAUGACGAUGAUGGAGAGGAUGCAAUGGAUACAGAGGAUCUUGGUACACUCAGUGAUGAAGCAGAGGCCCAAGUCGAAGAAGUCAGUUCAGAUCCUCCACUGCCUGACUCGUAUACUUCCCAUCUUGGAGCUAGGCCUGUCAAAGGUAUUAGUUGGCCAAUACCCUAG